AUGGAAUGCUGCUCAUUUUCAACAACCACGCCGCUAAUAUCCCCACCUUCAUCGACUCCAGCACUCUACAUCUCCCAAUUCCCAAUCUCAACCCCUAAAUUAUACUCAAAAAACCGUUUGUUACACUCAACGCCGCCCUGUGCAAGCUUGAACCGGCCUAAAGGGUUUGGGCCUUCACCCAGGAAAACAGAGAAGAGGAAGAAGCUAAAGAAAAAUUACAGUGAUGAUGAAGACGAGGAGGAAGAAGAAGAAGAAGGCGCAGAAGCAGAGGAGGGCGUAAUUCCUGAGAUAGUGACGAACAGGAUGAUAAGCAGAAUGGGGUUUUCAGUGGGGAUUCCACUGAUGAUAGGGCUGUUGUUCUUCCCUUUCUUUUAUUAUUUGAAGGUGGGGUUGAAAAUUGAUGUGCCGACAUGGGUGCCCUUCAUUGUCUCCUUCUUCUUCUUUGGGUCGGCACUGUUGGGAGUGAGUUAUGGGAUUGUGUCCUCCAGUUGGGAUCCAUUGAGGGAAGGCUCCUUUCUGGGUUGGACUGAGGCUCAGAACAAUUGGCCUGUUUUCUGGCAGUCUCUUUGGGGCAGAUCUGGUAAGAAAUAGUAUGAUUUUGUUUUUAAUUUCAUGUAAUUUUUUAUUUAUAUGAAAAAUUAAGAAUCAUAAUGCUUCCAUCA